AUGCAUAUUCUUCGACCAUCCGUGCUCCUCAGCUUGCUAAGGUCCAGCUACGCCAUGGGCAUGAAUCAAGCUCCAUUUGGCUCGCAGGAUAGUCUUCAGCCCAUAAAAUCGGACUCUCAACCAGGAUGCAGUGAUAAGUUCCAUGUUACGCUGUACGUCUCGCGUAACGCCCGUGAUGAAGAACAAAUUCCAGUCUACCAUCUCGAUGGGCGUGUAUAUGCAUCGGAAACGAAGGUUCCUACUCAGUGGACGUUCGAGCGGAAAAGCAACACAGGACGCUACUUGGUUUACGCCGUCCACCCCUCCGGUAUCAAACACUAUUGGAGUUCCAACUACGAUAACGCUAUCCAAGUCACCCCCUACGACUACCAAGCCAAAGAAGUAUCGGUCGCGCAAUCGGGGAAAACCGACUCUCCGUUCGACCGACCGGUCCUUUUCUGGGAUGAUAAAUGUCUCGUGGUAAAGAAGGAUCCUGCUGAUCCUUUAGCGAUGUUGCCUUCAUCAGCCUGUGACAUCGUUGUUGCCAAGUUUGAGGAGCCUGUCCAAUGGAAGAGCCUUGAUGAACUGUGUCAUAGAAAGUAG